AUGGCCGAGCUGGAGGAGAGGGUGGAGAUGGUGGUGACGGCUCACAAUCACCUGGCCGACUACACCCUGGAGCUUCAACAUCGAAUUGCAGAGCUGGAGUUUACGGUGGAGGACCUGCCCAACCGGUCCCACCAGAAUUAUCUCCGCCUGCAGGCCAUCCCGGAGGGAGCCGGCGAUGGCGAUCUAAAGAGCUGGUUAUUGGCCUUCUGCGCCCUCUGUCCCCCGACUUACAUGACAACAUAUGGGAGAUCGAUAGAAUCCACAGAGAGUGACAGCACAGAUGGGAGGAAGGUUAGCUUUGGGCGUUGGGGGUGCUGGGGACCACAGAAUGGGGUUUCCCUGACGGUGUUUUCCUGA